CAAUUCUACAAAGUGUUCUCACACUCCAGUAAACACUCAUCAUCACAUUACAACGGAAACACAGAACCAGCAUGGCUCCUCUUGACCUCCUCGUACUCGGGAUGAACUCCGGUACUGCCAUGGAUGGCAUCGACAUCGGCCUCUGCCGCUUCAAACAAGAAGCACCCGAGUCUCCUAUGGAAAUGGAGCUGAUCCAAUAUGACGAACUCGAAGUCCCUCAGUGGAUCAAGAAACCCAUGCUCCGAAUGCUUCGCGAAACCUCCACCACUCCCGCUGAGAUGUCCCAGAUCAACGUCCAACUCGGACAAAUGUUUGCCGAUGCCGCCAAUGAAUUCUGCCAGAAAUACAACGUCCCCCGCGAAGCUGUCGACUUGAUCGGGAGCCAUGGUCAGACGAUCUGGUUGUUAAGUAUGCCGAAGGAGGGUGAGACCAAGAGUGCGUUGUGUAUGGGGGAAGGAACCGUUAUGUCUGCCAUGACUGGAAUCACCACAGUCACGGAUUUCCGUAUGGCGGAACAAGCCGUCGGACGUCAAGGCGCUCCUCUCGUUGGUUUCUACGACGGGCUUUUGCUCCGCCACCCGACCAAGUACAUUGCAUGCCAAAACAUUGGUGGCAUCGCAAACGUCUGCUUCAUUCCCUCCGAUGCCGACGGCUCCAUCGACACCAUGACCGACUUUGACUGCGGCCCUGGCAACAUUUUCAUUGAUGCCGCGGUGCGGUACUUUACAAACGGCGAACGCGAAUAUGACAAAGACGGAGAAAUGGGUAAACGUGGUACUGUCUGCCAGGAGAUUGUUGACAACUUCCUCCACAACCACCCUUACUGCACGCACGAUCCUCCCAAGACGACCGGACGCGAAGUCUUCGGGGACGGUGACGCGCAAGCCAUUAUCGAUGACUGCCUCGCUCGAGGUCUCUCACCCGAUGAUACCGUCGCUACCAUUACUCGCAUUACGGCCCAGAACAUCGUCGAGCAUUACCACCGCUAUGCACCCGAGCGUGGUGCCGUUAUCGACGAGAUCCAUAUGUGCGGAGGCGGCUCACUCAACCCCAACGUCACCGAAUACAUCCAAUCCGCAUUCCCACGCGCUCGAGUCCUCUCGCUCGAUGAAUCCGGUAUCCCAUCCGCGGCGAAGGAAGCUGUCACGUUCGCGAUGCAAGGAAUGGAAGCCAUCCUCGGCCGUGCGCUUAUCGUCCCGUGUAAUGCGGAGACAACCGAGGGGAACACAAUUUCUGGAAAGAUCGCGCCUGGGAAGAGUUGGAGGACGUUGAUUGGGAAGGCACACGCGUUUGGCGAGGGAAAGCCGUUGCCGAGGGUACGUGAGAUGUUCUUGACGAGGAAGUACUUCAUGAACCAGAAGCCAAUUAACGGCCUUCCGGCUGACUUCAACUUCGAGAAGAGUGUGAACGGGACCAAUGGGGUGAAUGCACACGCGACGAACGGCGUCAAUGGGUCCAACGGUGUCAAUGGACACCAUUGAACGUGAAGAGGAUGUUUAUCUUUUAUUCUGCUAUCAGUUAGGCGUUAAAC